AAAAUGGCGGGUGAAGUUAUGGCGGAAGGGAUGAAGUUGGAUGUUUUGGAUGUGUGUCCUCUUCUUAUACUUCAAGACAGCAGCAAGAGGUUUUACGACGGCUAUAUUACUGUUUGCAAGAAGAGUUUCCGAAUGUCUAUCGAAAUUCCGGAGAACAGAUCAUUAAGAGACGCUAGGAUAGAGUGCGAAUGGAAAUUAAGACAUUUACUGAGAGGCUAUGAAGGUGUUAUUAAACAGAGGUUAACUCAAAGUUUGGAUCUCCCUUCCUUCUUGAUGGAACUCAAAAGUAUUCUGGAGAAGCUUCUUGGAAGCCAAAAAUUGGACAAAGUGGUUUCACAACCCAACUUCUACACACAUUUAGUGGCAGAGUUAGAGGCUAUAGGAUGGGAGAAGUUGGCCUAUGUGGAUUCAUCUUUUCAAGUGUUAAAACUUGCUUCAAGAGAUACCAAAGAAAGAGAGCAUGUGAUUACUGUUCGUCUCUCACCUCAGCAUCCACAGGUAGCACCUACUUGUUCUGCAGAAUUACCUGGAAAACCGUUUUCUUUCACAUGGUCUUCUCAGGGUCAACCUCUUCAGCAGCUGUAUCAUCAGUUCCAACAGACUCUCUCUCAAUUUGAGGAUUUCUGGGACAUGCUAGAUGAAAUAGACAGUAACACGUGGGUUCUUGAGCCUGAGCAACCCUCAAGAUCGUGUACAAGCAGAAGAAUCGCUCUUGGUAACAAUGCUUCUGUUCAGAUAGAUCUGAACCCAGUCAAUGCAAGGCUUUUGCCAGAGUGCAGAUUUAUGGGUGCUGACAAUGUGAUUGUUCCUUUACGAGAACAUUUGAAUGCAAACAUCCACACCUGGAAUCCACAGUUAACAGUUUUGACAAAUCUGGAAAAUUUAUUGGGACAGAAAUUUCCCUCACCUUCUACAACAAAGAAAGAGGAUUUCAGCAUGGAGUGUGGAAUUUGCUAUGCCUAUCGCCUUAAUGAUCUGAUACCAGACAAAGCUUGUGAUGAUUCUAGAUGUGGACAACCUUUUCACAGCUUGUGUCUUUAUGAAUGGUUGAGAGCCCUGCCUUCAAGCAGACAGAGUUUUAACAUGGUGUUUGGGGAGUGUCCUUAUUGCAGCAAACCAAUUACUGUCAAGAUGGUGUCAGGGAAAUAAUUUUUCCUGCUGGCUUCAGGAAUGGAUGAGUACACCUUGAAAAUUUUGGAGAAAUCUUGUAGAAUGCCAUAUUAUGAUGUGUAUUGAUACCAGUAAGUUGUAUUGCAUGGCCACAAAAUCUCUCUUAUCAAGAUAAGGCAUCAACAUCAUUAGUAUGGUUGGUUGACACAAGACCGCUCCUCACGAUGAAAAAUUGCAGGAACAAGAGGAAAAAUGAAAUACCAGGAGGAAGACUCAUAAUUUAUUUUCCAUCAUUUACACACCUUCAUAAGUCUCCCAAAAUGAAAAAUGCUUUAAAAAAUAUCUCUGUAGAUACUUAAAUUUAAGAUUUUCAAUAAAUAUUUUAAAUUAGUUCAGAAUCUAAUAAUUUGUUACAAGUUUUCAGAUAGUAAUCAGUUCAUAAUUAAAGUUUUAAUAGCAAAAAUAAUAUUGCCUAUUUAAAUUUUUAGAAAAUAGACUGGGUGAGAUUUGAUGAUUAAAUGAUAUUUUCCUAUUGAUGGAGUAGUGGGGGGGGCUGGGCAGGAAAAUAUUCAAAUAUUCGGUAAGGUUGGUACAUUAUUACUAAGCCAUAUAUUAUAUUUCCUGUCCAGUCCAACUUAAAUUGCACUCCUAAGAUCUCAUUAGUAAUUCUUGUUACUGUCUACCAUACAAUUCCCAUGAUGUUAGUUUGGAGGAUCUGGUAUUGUAUCAACUACCAGUGAUAUUCCCCUAAUUAAUAUUUUUCUUUAUUCUCGUCACUUGUCUGCUUAAUAUUGGACUGAUGUAUGAAGGAGAAUUCUGUUUUGAUCAUCAAUGGGAGUGAAAUGGUUACGAAUUUAAUUUUACUGUUGCCCUUUCCUGUUUCCUCUUGCAUUUUGCAUCAGGCAGGGCUUAAUGCAAGGCAGUGGACCCUGUUUAUGCCAUUGUAUGCAGCUCUCAUAAGGGGAUAUUUCUCUAAAAUUUUUCCCACGUACAGCAAGUACUUAUAACACUCAUUUUUUCCCCAGAACUCUUAAUUAAACCACUAAAUCUUCACAUUGUGUUAAAACCCUUGAUUGAUAUAUUGAGUGUGAAGGAAUUGACUGUACAGUGUUAAUUAAAGUUAUCUAUAAAUAAUUCUUCAUUACAAAUAAACCAAACCAAGCACACCCUUUCAUGAUUCUGGUAAUAAAUAGACUGUAAAAAAUUGAAAUUGAAGGUUGCUCUUGAAAAUAUAAUUUCAAAAUAUGCAAAAGCUGUGGUCCUUAAAAGGCAAGAGGUUUGCUAAGCAGCUGCUCUUUGAGAACUGGGUCUACACUUCUUCCCUGAGGAAGGAAAAAUCACACAGAAGAAAAUGCUGGAAAUUGAGGCACAAAGUUCAUAGGCUGUUAUACUUGCAGGAAUUUUUUAGAUUUGGAAUUUUUUCUAUCUACCUGUUCAAAUUCAUUAGUAGAAUCUGUGGAGGUGCUCUGAAGUUGAUUUGAUUGAAAAAUUAAUUGUACAUCUUGUUGUUGGUGUCAGGAAUCAAAGAAGUCAUGUACAUCUCUGAGAUUCUCCUGUUCAUUUGUUGUAUUUUCAUUAUUCUGUAUUUCAUCUGAUUCUUCUUUACUGUUAUCUAACACUGGCAAACUGUUUUUGCCAUCAAGAUUACUACUUCUGCUGUUUUGGUGAGAGGUGUCAACAUCCCAGGACUCAUCUAUUUAAAAAAAAAAUUUAAUUUAGUGUUCAAUCAUAACAAAAAAAAUUGCAGAAAAACA